CAGAGUAACACACUGAAUUCUUUCACCCUGUCCACAUUCUCCUCUCAACACUUCCUAAAUUGUACUGUACUAUCUCUCCGGUCUUUCUCCUCCCAUCUCCUCUCUCCAUCUCUUUGCCUUUGUGUCUGCACUAUGUUCCCACUCAACUUUCUAAGCCUCAUCUUCAUCACCGCGCCAAUAGACCACGGGGAAAGGAAGAAAAGAGAGAAAACCAAGGAUGACCCCAAAGCCCCUUCUAAGUACGACUCCAUGUUCCAGAGAGGUGACCUGUUGGAGGUACCCCGUACGCUGUUCACUCACUUUGGGAUCUACCUGGGGGGCGGGAGGGUGGCUCAUCUGAUCCCUGACAUCCUGCCUGUGAUGUCGGUUGAUGAAGGGGCCAUUAGAGAGAUGGUCACCAACAGCAGACUCAUUCUGGGGGUCAUCGCAAAGUGUGCCAGCGUGAGAGUGGACUCUGUGGAAGACUUUGCCUACGGCUCGGAGAUCAUCGUCAACCCAAUGGACAAGGUGUGCAGUCGACCUCCACUGGCAGGGACGGAGGUGGCCCGCCGCGCGGAAAAGCUGCAGGGCUCUGUGGCCUACAGUCUGCUGUGGUACAACUGUGAGCACUAUGUCAUGUACUGUCGCUACGGCACCUGCAUGAGCUACCAAACAUUCCAGUUCUGCAAGACAGUGAAGAAGUUAAUUCUGAACCGGAGGAACGCCAAGCUUACAGCGGUGUUGGGCCCAGUCCUGAUGAUUUAUCUAGGUGUGGUGUCGCCCUUUUCAGCUCUGGUCACAUUGCUGGUUCCCUUCAUCAUUUGGAUGGCUUCCUAGAAACACACACACACAUAUCUACUAAUCUAAGCUAGUAUUUUUCAUUGCAUAAUGGCGUCUAUACGUGUGAAUUGUACAUAAGGCUGUCCUUUCUUUUAAAUAAUAUAUCUAUAAAUAAAAAAUGUUAUUUUGUCAGA